AUGGACGGAACACCACAUGUCAACGAGGAGACUGAAGAAGCCAACAGUUCGGCCCCGGCAAUAACAGCGAACACCAUUCAACGUGGUGCCCAAACUCUUCCGUCGCCAGCGUCAGUCAUCCGUCUGCUUGAUGCAUUCUUUGUCCACUUCCAUCCAUUCUGCCCCAUCUUAGAGGAAGCCCAGGUUCGGUCUUCUCUCCACGACGGCUCUCUGUCGGUAGUGUUGCUUCGUUGCAUUCUCUUCGUUGCAUCGAUCCACUGUGAAAUGAAGCUCUUACAGGCGCUGGGGUACUCCAGCCGCAUCGAAGCCGAGGACAGUCUCUUCCGGAAGGCCAAGACCUCUUUUGACUCGGAUGAAGAGAGAGACAACUUGACAUUGCUUUUCUGCUCCUAUCUUCUGCACUACUGGUCAGGCAGGCCGGCAUCUUUCAAGGACAGCAUGUGGUGGUUGGCGGGAGCAAUCCGAUGCGCCCAGGCCCUGGGGAUGCACCGCAGUAUGGAGAGAAGCAAAGCUCCGGACGACCUCCGCCGAUCGUGGAGGAGGAUUUGGUGGCUGCUUUAUAUUCGGGACCGACAGAUAUCCAUUUCACUUGGAAAGCCGACUCUUAUCAAUGAUAGGGACUGCGACGUGGAAAGUUUGGAAGAGGAUGAUUUCCCAGACGUACACCAGGAAAUCAAGGCCUACGUUAUAGAGCAGGCACGCUUGUCAGUCGCUGCAUCACGCAUCUUCGCAUUGUUCUCUCCUGGUCCUGGGUCCCGCCCAACUGAGGCAGUAGAUGCCAAGCAUAUCCUGGCGACCAUUGAAGACCAUUUCAACGAAUGGUAUGCUCAUUUGGAGCCGAGCUUUGUCAUGGAAAGCUCAAAGAGAUGUCGAUUGGGGUUGAUUCUUCAUAUGACCGUCAAGUGA